UAUUGACAUUCACUUAGUUUAACUCAGUCACUUAAUUAUGGCAGAGCCAAGUGAGUCCACUACUCAGGUAGAGGAUAGUGUUAGGGAAAGUGAGAAUCUUCAAGGCCCUUCCGAAGAUGAAGCAGGUGAUGCUGAGCCUCAGCAGGAGGAAGCGCAGCAGCCCAGACGUGGUGAACGAAUCCGUACACUAACAGAGAAGGGUCAAGCACUGCAAGACGAGAAAAUUAAAGGACUUCAACAAAAGUUUGACUACAUUUACAGAAAAUGGAGAACGCUUGUUAAAUUCUCUAAGCAGUCAUUAACAAAGUCAACACAGUUAUCAGAGAGUGUGCUUAAUGAUAUCCUCGGAGAUGUCAGUGGCCUUUCUGCUGAUGUGCAGCGCAUCUAUGACGAUCUACGCAGAGUCUCAACGCCAGACCAAGAAGUGCGGCGAAAGGUAGACCUGUGUGUAGAGGUUUCGGGCUUCAUCCUCUCUAGAGCUUCAAGUCGCCUGGAUGGAAAGAUUCCAGAAGAAGAAGAGCAAGAUUGGCCAGAAGCAGGCUCACUUUGGAAUUCAAGUAAAAGUGAAUUCGACUCAGUUACCUCCAUCUUGAAGGGUCCCUCAGAGCACUCAAGAGCGUCUUCCGUGAAGCGCCAAGAAGCCGCUGCGGAUGCUGCAGCAAGCCAAGCUGUUCUACAAGUGUUACAAGAACAAGAAAGAGAACAAUUGGAAAUACAGCGCCUAGAGGCAGAGGCUAAAAGGAAGAUAGCGGCUCAGGAGGCAGCGGCCAUAAAGCGUCGCUUAGAGCAAGAAGAAGAGGAGGUGAAGAGGAGGAUAAAGAGAGAAGAAGAGGAAGCCAAAAUGAAAGCUCAACAAGAGGAGGAGCACACAGCUCUACAGAUAACUUUAGACGAAAAACGAAGAAAAUUAAAGCAAUUAGAAGCAGUGAAGGAGCUUACUGCAGCACGUGCAAGAAUGCAGGUGUAUGAUCAAGGUCUUGGCAUAAAGGAAGAAUCUAAAGGCAUUCCAUGUCAUGAGACAGUAGCAGACAUUAAGCCACCAUGUCCUACAAGUUGUCUGCCCUCGUCCAUACCUUCUGCCCCACAACCUGUGAUCAGCUCUUCAAAUCAGAGCACAGUAGAGCUCAUAAAGGUACUCGCAGAUGCUUUAAACAACAAUAGAAUUCCAGUCCCUGAGCCUUCAAUAUUCAGCGGGGAUCCGUUAAAGUACAGUGAUUGGAAGCUGUCGUUUAAAACUCUGAUCGACCAAAAGAACAUUCAAGACAAAGAGAAGAUAUACUAUCUUCGCAAAUAUGUGAGCGGACAAGCUAAGAAUGCACUGGAUGGCUACUUCCUACUCGGAACCGAGUCUGCCUAUGCUGCGGCAUGGGAGAUUUUGGAGGAGAGAUACGGAAAUCCAUUCACCGUUGCAAAGGCAUAUAGAGACAAGCUUCAAGCAUGGGCCAAGAUUGGACCUAAAGACAGCACUGAGCUAAGAGAGUUUGUCGACUUUCUCCGGAGCUGCGAAGCCGCCAUGGUCCAUGUCAAGGCACUUGAGAUCCUCAAUGACUGUAAUGAGAAUAGGAGGAUUCUUGCAAAGUUACCGGACUGGCUAACCGCAAGAUGGAACCGGAGAGUCAUGGAAAUGGAGGAGCAGAGUGGCCAGUUCCCCUCCUUCAGCCAAUUCAUGAAGUUUCUGAUAAGAGAAGCGAAAAUAGCCUGUAACCCAGUUACAUCGUUGCAAGCGCUAAAGCAAGGUGAAACUGAAAAGCCAAAGCAACAAAGACAACAAAAUGUUAAAGCAAAGACAUUGACUACAUCUUCUAAUGAAGAGACUGUGAAAACGUGUGUCUUCUGUAAGAAGAAUGGGCAUACCUUGCACAUAUGCAGGAAGUUUGCAGAGAAAGACGUUCCAGAUAGAGUGAAGUUUGUUCAAGCUGAAAAGCUAUGCUUUGGGUGCCUCAAGCCAGGUCAUCUCUCAAAGAGCUGCAACAGUAGGAGUGUUUGUGACACAUGCAACAAGCGGCAUCCUACCUGUCUGCACGAGGAGAGAGAUCAAGGAGAGCAAAAGGCACCACAAGUUAAGCAAAGCCAAGCUCAAGAGAAGUCAAAUAACCAAAAGCAAGAAAAGAAUAAACCAAAACCUCAAGCAGCACAACCUAAAGAAACUGCUACAGCUUCUACUCUACGAGUCAUCCAGGAUGAAGCUACUGUGCAAACAGCUGCAAUAAUUCCUGUCUGGCUAUCGUCCGCCUCUCAGCCAGCACAAGAGGUGCUUGUAUAUGCACUGUUAGAUUCCCAAAGCGACACAACUUUCGUGCUAAGUGAAGUAGCUGAUGCUUUGGAGGCAGAUAAAGAACAAGUCAAGUUGAAGCUCUCUACUAUGACGUCAAGAACCACAGUAGUUAAUUCUCAGCGAGUAAAGAACCUGAAUGUUCGAGGCUUUUACUCCAGCAAAAGAAUCAGCUUACCACCAUCCUACACGCGUGACUUUAUUCCAGCCAACAAAACUCACAUACCAACUGGCGAAACUGCAAAGGCUUGGUCGCACCUAGAGCACCUCCAAGAUGAAGUAGCCCCUCUGCAGGACUGUGAGGUAGGCUUGCUCAUCGGCUACAACUGCUCAGAAGCGCUACUGCCAAGAGAAAUUGUGUCUGGACAAGAAAAUCAGCCCUAUGCACAACGCACAGAUCUCGGAUGGAGUAUUGUCGGCCAUGGGAAUCCCUGCGUAGAGUAUGGAGAUGCAAUUGGAAUUAGUCACCGCAUAGUAGUGAGACAAGUGACGCCAAGAGUCGACUCUUCUCUCAAUCUGAAGACAGAAGUUCAUUAUGUGAACAGAUCCAAAGUCAAGGAAAUUACCCCUUCAGACAUCAUUAAAGUCCUUGAAUUAGACUUCUCAGAAAGAGCUAGAGAAGAGGAUAUUGUGUCUCAAGAUGAUCUUAAGUUUCUGUCUAAAUUGAGAGAAAACAUAAGACAGAAAGACGAUGGUCACCUUGAAAUGCCAUUGCCGUUCAGAGAAGAAAGACCAAAGCUACCCAACAAUAAAAUAUGUGCAGUACAUCGCUUACAGUGUCUUGAAAGGAAGUUAAGAAAAAAUGAAGCAUACUACAAAGACUAUGUGAAUUUUAUGACUGACAUCAUUUCACGUGGUGAUGCAGAGAAGGUCCCGGAAGAAGAAAUUGAGAACAGUCCCGCUUGGUAUAUUCCGCACCACGGAGUUUAUCAUCCACACAAACCGGGGAGAAUACGGGUGGUAUUUGACUGUUCAGCCAAGUUUCAAGAAACAUGUCUCAAUGACCAUCUGCUCACUGGACCUGACCUGACGAAUACACUGGUGGGUGUCUUGUGCAGAUUUCGAAAGGGCUUAGUCGCAGUGAUGUGCGACAUUGAAAGGAUGUUUCAUCAAUUUCACGUGAAAGUCGAAGACCAAGAUUACCUACGAUUCCUUUGGUGGGAGAGCGGUAACUUGGAAAGCAAGCCAUCUACCUACAGAAUGAAGGUCCACCUGUUUGGUGCGGCUUCGUCCCCUGGUUGUGCCAACUUUGGCCUGAAACACCUGGCAGCUCAAGGGCAGGGUCAGUACGGCGAAGACACCAUACGCUUCAUUCAAAGAAAUUUCUAUGUAGAUGAUGGGCUCGCGAGCGUUCCCACAGAAAAGGAGGCCAUUCAUCUUGUGAAGGAAUCAAGCGAACUUUGCCAAGCAGGCAAGUUAAGACUACACAAGUUUGUUUCUAACAAUGAGAAAGUGAUGGAAUCCAUUCCAGAAGAGGAAUGUGCUGUAAUCAAAGAUCAAGACAUGGCUUUGAGUCUGCCUCACAUGGAAAGAGCGCUAGGAGUAGAGUGGUGCAUCACGUCCGAUUCGUUCAAGUUCAGAAUUCAAGUAAAGUCCAAUCCAUCGACAAGAAGAGGUGUGCUCUCUACUGUAGCCUCAGUCUAUGACCCGUUGGGAUUCAUGGCGCCCUUCGUCCUCCUUGGAAAGCAGAUUCUCCAGCAGAUGUGCAGAGAAAAGAUCGGCUGGGACGAAGAGCUGCCAGAAAGCCUAAGACCUCAGUGGGAGUCUUGGAUUAGAGAUCUACCCAACUUAGCUGACAUGGAAGUCAGAAGAUGUUACUUACCUACGAAUUUCGGGAACAUCAAGAAGUAUGAACUUCACCACUUCUGUGACGCAAGUACCUCAGGAUAUGGUGUAUGUACUUACCUUCGAGCUGUUGACGAAUCCGAUGAAGUCCAUUGCAGUUUAGUGAUGGGAAAGUCACGAGUUUCGCCAACCAAAGUCAUGACGAUACCAAGACUUGAGCUGUCUGCGGCAGUAGUUGCAGUUCGAGCCAGCGACAUGCUUCGAAGCGAGCUGGAAAUCCAAGACCUGAAGGAAUACUUCUGGACGGAUUCCACAGUCGUUCUUGGCUACAUAAACAAUAACGCCAAAAGAUUCCAAGUAUUCGUAGCCAAUCGAAUACAGAGAAUCAAGUCAAGCACAAAGCCUGAGCAAUGGGCCUAUGUUGCAUCUGAGGACAAUCCGGCAGAUCAUGCUUCGCGAGGGUUGACUGCAGAGCAACUUAAGACAUCCAACUGGUUCUCUGGACCGAAGUUUCUUUGGCACAAAGAAUUACCUGUCCGAGAAUGCAAGGUGGGAGAAGUUAAAGAUGAUGAUCCUGAGCUUCGUAAGGCUGUAGUGUUUAACACUAAGGCAAAAGAAGACCGAUCGUUACUGGACCGCCUUGAGAAGUUUUCCGACUGGUCAAGGGUAGUACAAGCAGUUGCCAGAUUAAAACGACGAGUCAAAGAACACAAAGGUGUGAAACAAAGAACGAAUGAGAGUACAAGUUUAGAAGAAAGGAAGGAAGCAGAAAUUGCUAUCAUCAAGCUAGUCCAAGAGGAAGCGUUCCCAGAUGAGAUAAAGAGCUUGAAAGUAAGGGAAGUUAUAGCCAAGACCAAGUACAGCAACCUGAACAAGUUAAGUCCAGUGGUGGAUGAAGACGAAGUGCUAAGAGUGGGAGGACGCUUAAGUCAAGCCGCGUUACAUCCACACAUAAAGCAUCCAGCUAUACUUCCGAAGAACAGCCACAUAUCAGCUCUACUUAUCAAGCAUUUCCACGAAAAGGUUCAUCAUCAGGGACGUGGACUGACUUUGAACGAACUGCGAGCUAACGGAUGGUGGAUCCUGGGAAGUAGUAGCGUAGUAUCGUCACACAUCUUCAAAUGUGUCAAGUGUCGAAAGUACAGAAGAUGUACUGAGGAACAAAAGAUGGGUAACUUACCUCAAGACAGAAUGGAAACGACCCCUCCGUUCACCUACACCGGCAUAGAUUGCUUCGGCCCUAUCUAUGUAAAAGACGGGAGAAAAGAGGUUAAAAGAUAUGGACUUUUAUUCACCUGUCUAUGUUCAAGAGCUAUUCACAUAGAAGUGCUCGACGACAUGACCACUGAUGCGUUCAUCAAUGCUCUAAGAGCGUUCAUUGCCAUAAGAGGAAAUGUUCGUCAACUUAGAAGCGAUCAAGGAACCAACUUCAUCGGCGCAAGGAGAGAGUUCACAGAACUCAUGAAAGGAAUGGAAGGAGAAAGAGUCAAGGCUCUAGGAUGUGAAUUUCUAAUGAAUCCCCCAGCGGCAAGCCACAUGGGUGGCGUCUGGGAAAGACAAAUCAGAACAAUAAGGAGUGUUCUCACUGCCAUUCUCGACGAGUCAGCACAAAGAUUGGACAGCUCCUCUCUAAGAACUUUCUUAUAUGAAGUGUUGGCAGUUGUCAAUAGCAGACCACUCACCGUUGAACAUUUGAAUGACCCAUCUGCACCCGAACCUUUGACCCCGAACCACAUUCUCACGAUGAAGUCCACUAUCAUCCUUCCUCCACCUGGACAGUUCGUCAAAGAAGACCUGUAUCUUCAAAAGAGGUGGCGCAAAGUUCAAUAUUUGGCCAAUGAAUUUUGGAUUCGUUGGAAAAAAGAAUACCUACUAAGUUUACAACCAAGACAAAAAUGGCAGAAGAACAGAAGAAACAUGAAAGUGAACGACAUCGUGCUUUUGCAAGAUGAGCAAGCACCACGAAACGAAUGGAAGCUGGCCAAAAUAGCAGAAGUCUAUCCAGAGUCAGAUGAUAGGGUGAGAAAAGUCAGAUUGCUGGUUAGUGACACCACAUUCGAUGGCAAGGGUAAACCCACAACUAAAACAGUGUUUCUUGAUAGACCCAUACACAAGCUUGUGACCUUAAUUGAAGCAGAUUAAGAUGCUUAAUGUUUCCAUCAUUCCUUGUUGAGUGGUAAAGUUUGAUAAUGUUUAAGAGUGACUUGCAACAGUCUUUAAGUAUUGAGAAAUCCCACAGUAAGAUUGGUGCGAUUUGAUGGGAGUGUAACUGUUGCUAUUUUUAUUUUCAUAUUCAUGUAAGAUUUCUUUUCAUUUUGUAUAAGAAACUCAUUUUGAGAAUUAUUAGAUUUUUGUCAUUUUUCCAUGCUUUUAUUAUGAAAGUCAAGGGUACUUUUAUUUUGACACCUACGUUGCUGCUAGGCUGCCUGUAGCGUUUGUCUGACGGCAGAGAGUUGUGAACAUGGUCACUUCGUGUGAACAGCUAAGAUGUGAUAGACAAGUUGAUAUCAAAAGAACAUAGCAUAAACUACAGUGAAGACUGAAGAUAGAAGACCUACAGAUUUCCUUUCAUAGCAUGCAGCCAACGAGUUUCACGGUUUGCGGAGGUCCUUGGAUGGUUGUGGAGAGUUGGAGAGACGACGGAGACUUCAAUAAACCCGUAAAAGGAACACUUGCGUCUGCACAUGCUUGGGAGGGAGUCAUACUCAGGACUGCACUCCCAGUCAUCAGGAGGUCUCUGUUAUGAAGUAUGUGGAUGACGCCACCAUCACUGCCCUUUCUUUUGGCACUAUAUCUGUGACUGAAGUUGUUACAUUUCAUUUUUAUCGAAAGUAAACCAAAUAACCUGAACAUGUAACAAAUAACAUAACAAAUAUGACUUGCAAUCUUUGCCAGCAUAAUCUUGCCAAAAUCCUUAAUCUUUUUUAAGGAGAAUCUUUUUUUUCCCAUUGGUGAAACUAAGUGAUUUUUUUUCAUGAAAACAAUAUUAUCCUUUCAUGUAAAAAAAAAAAAAAAAAAUGAAAUAAAAAGAUCCACAAGACAAAAUAAAAUUUCACCUUUACAGAGCAAACAUUUUAAAUAAGGCUAACAAAAUAUUCUCACUUGCACCUCAGGGCUUCCUUUUUUUCUGUACUUUUGCAUUUAUAAUGUUCAAUUGUGAAAACUAGCAAAGCAAAGAAAAUAAAUGAAAAGGAGAUUGUUUAACAGAUUUAAAUACUGAGCUCUACAGGUCAGACACAGGAAAUGUAAAAGUCCGGUUUCUUUGCAAUUCAGUUUUUUUUUUUUUUUUUUCAAAUCUGGCCUUUAAAAAACAGCAGUACAUCAUCAGUAAUUUCAGCGAAUCCCAACGAUCAUGUAAGACAGCUACCUUGAAGCCAUAGUAAUAAGAAAGAGAAUAAAGAAGGAAACAAGUUGAUGAUAUUGGAGCGUCAAAGUCUUUUUAUGUAGGAAUUCAGUGUGGAUGUAUGGGUCAGCAAAUCAAUGGACUUCAUCAUGGGAGAUCACUAAUUAAUUAAUAGUGGUGUCAGAUCAAAACAUGCUUCUUUGUGUUGUUCAUCAAGGCACUUUAUAAUAACAUCAUUUUCUUUGAGCACAUUGGUGGAAAUGAGCGUCCAUAUUAUUGACAAGUUGGUUUCAGUCCAAUAAAGCUGUGGUGCACAACUGUAUUGUUAUUUCACAUCCAAUAAACACACUAUACCACAUUAAUGAAAACAUCCAAGAUUUAUUAGAACAAAUAAAUCUGCAUUAAAUGUACAACCCAACCAUAAAAAAAUGGAAUUGAGUGAUGUAAAAAUGUUGCAACAGUGUAAUAAAAUAUAUAAACAUAUAUUGCAGUCAGUCAGUAUUGUGUCCUUUAGGGACUAUUAGUGUCUACAGCAUUCAAAAUUUGUUACUCCUUAUCUAAUUCUUUAGAAUCAGUUUCAAUUAAUUUUUUUUAUCAACUUGCAAACACAAUUAGAGAUCGUCACAGUGGCUACAUUUUCAUUCCUAACAAUGAGGAUUCUGUCUCUGAACUGAUCAAAGCUGAUUUGUCUCUGCAAGCCAAAUUUUAUAUUGGGAUUAACUUUUUACAUAUCAUUACUGGUGCCGCUUUUUAAAAAAAUAACGACAGAUGUUAUAUUGUCCUACGUUUGUGUCUGUCUGAUUCCAAGGCACAGCUUUGGCUGAAGACCAUGAAGCCGUCACUGAGUGUCAACAAAGGUUACAGCAGAUGCAAACUUAAAACUGAGCUCAGCUACAUAGUGUCGCCUGUGCAGGUUGAAGUCUCAUUCAAAGGUAAAAUACUCAAUUACUGGCAUUAUGUGUGAGGGGAGGGAAAAUACAAGCAGUGGCUGAAAGUAACUUAUCACAUUUACUCAAGUACUGUUUUAAGUACAAUUUUGAGAUACUUCACAAGCAUUUAUAUUUUCUGCUACUUUACAUUAGUAUAAGGUGCUUUUUACUUCAGCUUUAGUUACAAGCUGCUUUGCAGAUUCAGAUUAUAAUACAAAAUAUGAACAACAAAUAAAUAAUAUUGAAUUAAAAUACAACUUCACUGAUCCAAGGUGGCACUUCUACUUUUGGUAAUUCUUCCAAUUUUCUAAUGUAGGACUUUUACGAGUAUAGGUAAUAGUAACUGAAGUAAAUAAUCCGAGUACUCCACCACUGCCCUCUAGCACCUCUACUACAAAUUAAGAGCAUAGGCUUUAUCAAGUCUCCUGUAUUGGAUGAUGCUGUUUUUGUUAUGUUGGCACAACUUGUGUAACAAGUUUCUGUAGAAACACAUCUUAAAUAUGAACUGUAACUGAUCUUACUUAUUGAUAAGUUGAGCUGUAACACAUAAAAAAUUAAAGAAGAUCCCUGAAUUAAGACACAAUGUUUAAUCUGACAAAACGGCCUCAUAACGAAAUGUAGAGAGACGCAGUAACACAGGAAUCCUAAAACACAAAUUAGGCAGAAAAAUUCCUCUGAACCGCAUCUCCACUCUUUAGUAAAAUUUAAAUUCUAAGCUAAAAUCUUCAACUUAAUAAGUAAAAUAUUGAUUUUAAGUUCAAUUCAAAUAUUGGUCACGCAACAAUAAAAAGUAAAGCAAAGACCAAAUCAGCUUGUAUCUGACUGGAAUGUCUGUUCCAAGUCCUUUGGAUUUGGUAAAAAUAACUUGGACUUUGAAAGGUUUUCUCAAAACAGGAAUGCCUGUAAGAUAAAAAAAAAAAA